GCCAAGUCAAGAUCACCCAAUUCGAAGUCUCCCCACAUGCAAAAGUCAUAAAUUCGUCAAUCUACAACACAAAAGCCAAUCAAACCAGCUAUCACCGCCACUAAAUCAUUUGCUUGCCAGCACCAAAUCAUAAUCUUGUCUCAAGAAAAACACCCCUUAUAUCACCUACAUCAUGCCUACCUUAAAACCCCUUUCAUAUGUCCUCAAUUCAUGAAUUGAUUCAACUGAUUUAAAAGUUUUGCAUAAAUAUUGAAAAUUUUCCAUCUGGGUGUUGAAGAUCCAAACGAUUAGUGACUCAAAACUGGCGAUUGAAUCAUCUUUGACUCGAGAAAUGGGGGAAAAGAAGAAACCCCUAUCGGACUGCCCUUCGCCCGAAUCAUCUUUGACCCAGGGAGAUAGUGAUUCGGAAUCCACUUCGGUUUCAUCAUCAAUGCAAGGCUCUAUAUCGAGUGCAACAUCUUCACUCGAUCAAGAGAGUAGUAAUGUCAAAGGAGGAACAACAACAAAGAAAGUACUAAAAAAGUCAAAUUCAAAGAAACUCGGUACUUAUGGGAGCUUCAUAUCAUCAAGGAGGAGAUCACAAUCGAGGCUCAGUCAAUCUUCAAUCAAAAUGUCGGAUGAUGGUUCGAUCACACCACCAGAUCAUUCUUCUGUUGAAGUAUCCGAUGAAUCAUCUAAUUAUGUUCAAAAAUCAACACCAAAGUUCACAAGGACAGGUAGUUUGAGAUCAGUGAAGAUCUUCAGAAGCAAAAGCAAGAACAAGUCUAGUCUCAAAUCAAAUAAGUCAUCAACUGACACUCAUUCAGACAUUUCUGAAGAAUUCCAUUUUCCAAAAGCUACAUUUUCAUCGAUUCUCAAAGAUUCAAAGUUCCCUGAACAACUUAAGCAUCAAACUAGCCCAUCAGAACCCGAAGAAGUGCUUCCAGUAGCAAAGUUUUGUCCAUACCAACACUGUUCUCUCCAUGGCCACCAUCACCACCACGAGCCACCACCCACCCGCUUUGCGUACCUCAAACGCCGCACCACAAAUGACCAAAAUACCCUUAAAAAGGCUGAAAGUGAAACCCAACCAACCGAUAAAAAAACGAGCAAGAAACGAGAAGCUAAAGCAAAAGCAAAAGCAACCAAACGGGUGUCUGAAGUCAAGAAUGAUGUUGAUUUCUCUAUUGAAUUCUAUGCAAAAACAAGAUCCGACCCUGUUGAAAACCAUGGUCAUGAUGAUUCUGAGAUGGCUGAUAUCUUGUUUGGGGUCAACAGCUUGCAUGAGAAAAAGAGUGAAAAACCCAUUUUAGAUAAUGAAAAUUUCAGUGAUUUGAAGGAGAAGAAUGAUGGGGAUUUAAAUGGGUCGAAGAGUGUUCUUGAAAAGAAGCCAGCUUUAAAGAAAGCGAAUCAAAUGAGCAUGUGGCAUAUGAUUCAUAGGCAUAUGGUAUCGGGUCUUGAAGCUGAAUCAGGGGACAACAUAGUUCAACAAGUAGAUGAUGACAAGAAACUAAAUAUCUCAACAAAAGAUUUUGAUGAUGUUGCGAAUCAAGAAACCGAGAUCAGAAAGAUGUUUGCGAUCAAACUUGUACGAGAUGCAAUCGAGAAGAUUCUUCUUCCAGAAGUUCAAGAUGAACAAUCCACUACUAGUGAAGUUAUACCAGAACAAGAUCUACCGGAAAAGAAUCAAACAGAGGAAUCUCCGGCGCCGGAAAAGAAUCAAAAAGAGGAAUCUCCGGCGCCAGUAGUGGAAGAACAAACGGGAACAGUCACAGAGAAGCUUGAAGAACCGAAAGUUGAAAAACAAGCACCGAAGAGCUGGAGUCGCCUGAAGAAAGUCUUCCUUCUGAGGAAAUUUGUUAAAGAACUAGAAAAAGUGAAGAAAUUUAACCCGAAAAAGCCGACACACCUCCCGUUGCCGCCGCAACCGGAACAAGAAACGGUUUCACUCCGACGUCAAACGACCGGUGACAAGAAAAACUCCGAUGAAUGGAUGCUCGAUUACGCGCUUCAAAAGGUCGUCGGUGAACUUGCUCCUACCCAGAAACGGAAAGUCGCUUUGCUUGUUAAAGCUUUUGAAACGGUGGCUCCUGCGCAGGACGAUAACCAAGAACAAGGGUUGAAUCAUGAAUUGACACGUGUUGAUUCAAACACCGAUUUUGAAAUUAAUCCAUCGCCAAAUGUGGUAUUGGGUUCGUUUUCCGAGAAGAAAAGCGAAUCGAUUUCCGAUUUGGAGACAGAGAAACGCAUUAAAAUGUGGCACAUGAUUUACCAACACGUCGUAACUGAUAUCGCUACUAAAAUUGGAUCAGACCUUCUUCUUGAUGGAGAUGAAUCGACGAACAGCGAAGAGAAAAAUCUGCAAGAAGUUGAGGAUCAAACGGAAAGAAAUUACAGACUUGCGUUCACGCAGAGUGAUGCGGUUAAGCUCGUACGAGAAUCCUUGGAUGAAAUCCUUCUUCCCGACAUUCCCGACACUCCUUCCUCCCAAGUCUCCGAUCAAGAACUCUCCGACAAGAAAGAGGGUGAACCGGAAAAAAUGGAGAACAACUCCGUUCUAGAUGAAAACAAGAAACCGACAAUCGAUAGCGGAAUGUCAACAAUUGCUAGCAGAUUACAGAACCAGAAGUCGAAGAACUGGAGCAAAUUGAAGAAAUUGAUUUUGCUGAAACGAUCGAUUAAGGCAUUAGAAGGGUUUAGAAAUCUUAAACCGCAAACCCUACAAAGAGAAGUGAGGAUUAGUGAUCCUGAAAAGGAAAAGGUUGAUUUAAGGCGUCAAAUGAUGGACGAGAGGAAGAAAGCCGAGCAAUGGAUGCUUGAUUAUGCAGUUCAACAUAUUGUCACUAAACUGACUCCUGCUCGAAAAAAGAGAGUCUCCAUGCUUGUUGAAGCUUUUGAAGCAGUUGUCCCACUUCCAGAAAUCUGAAACCACACCGCCAUGUUCAAAAUUUGAAUCUGAGUGAUAUUUUUUUAACAUUUGUGAAAGCGUAGAAUGGUUUGCUGUAUUCUUUAGAAAUUUUUUGUGUAUAAUCUUUAGAUGUAUAGAUCUUGAAUACCAUUAUAUUGUCGAGGUUGAUGUUUGUAUGUUAAAUAUAGUUUUGAUGUCGUUCUUUACCCAUAUUAUGUCAAGAUGACAUGAAUAUAUCCAAUAUUGUAAUCGUAAU